CAAAUAUUGUAUACAUAUUUUUAUGUAUACAAAACAUUCAUUUCUACACAUACUGAACAAUCAUUACGCAAGGUGAAACAAUGUUCCUCUAUGUAUUUGGUUGUUUGUUAGUGUUUAUGGGGUCCUCCAUAGCGCAGACCCCCGAAGAGUGUAUGAACCAAAAUUUGCCAAGGACUCCAGAAGCUGGGGAGACGGUAGAGUUCUACACGCAUCCAUAUUGCAUGAAUGCAAGCAUAACUUGGAACUACCCCCAGGGGGCAGUACGAGCACGAUUCCAGCUCGGAAAUGGUGGUCAUAACUUUGACAUCUGCUUAACACACAGUGAUGUCUCUUUUAUUGAGGAUAUUUAUGAUGAAACUAGUGGUUUGAGCAGACGUAUCUCUGCCCCAACCCCAGGAUCUGACACCUGUGUAUCCUCCAGUCAAGCAGAGGCUGUCAUCAGAUUUGUGGCCCCUAAUGUUCUCUACUAUGUUACCUACAUACCAUACUAUAUCAAUGGACCACUUUAAGACAAGAUACCACAUAAAUAGACAACUUAGCAACUAGAUACCACAUCAAUAAACCACUUAGCAACUAGAUACCACAUCAAUGGCCCACAGGAUACCACACCAGUUACCACUGUUUUCAUGAACUUAUGUACAAUUUCUAAGUUGGUGGAAAUAGAUCUGCAGGUGAUUCAAAAUCUCAAAUGGAUGCAUCAAUAUUGGGAAGGUACUUACUGUAUAGGGGGCCAGAUGGGGUCUGUCUCCUCCAAGAAUAUAUAAGGAUCUUCCUUAAACCCA